AGAGACACGACGGCUCUCCCCCGACUAAUGCAACCUUAUUGUUAGGAAAGCCAGGGGACUGUUUACCAAAGAGACCUAAACAUUCACAGAGACUCUUUUACGCACCGGCGGAGACAAUAGCGGAUUCUAACAUAUGCAUGUCGCUGUAACGGUAUAGCUGAUUGUAUAGAGACGCACGCUGCUACCCCACUGGUUGGAAAUCAAAGGCUGUACAUGGCGGUGGAGAGUACAAUUUGGCUGUUCUGUCUUCUUUCGCUGUUUUCUGGUCCAUCCAAGCAAGAAAAGCCUGUUUCCUUGGAGCUGAGCUGUGGGGCUGGGCCCAGCCAUGUAGUGUUGGAACCAGGUUUGCCCCUCUUGCUGGACUGCAAUCUUGGGGCCAGCGAUACACCUUUCAAUGUCACCUGGCUUCAGAAUGGCAAGACCCUGCCUCUGGAGGGAGCUGACCAUCUGCAGUAUUUGGCCAAUGGAUCCCUCCUCCUGCUGCCGACCUCCAAGGAUGGUCAGCCUGCCCAGGAUGUGGAGGGGGGCUACAGCUGUGUGAGUGCCAGCGCCCUUGGAGCCCUGACCAGCAGGACUGUAAACGUACUCUUGGCAAGUCUGUCUAAGUUCCAUCAGGAGCCAUCACCCCAGACAGUGCCCACUGGGGGAGCUGCACGCUUCGAGUGCCAGAUUGAGGGAGUACCUACACCUGUUAUUACAUGGGAGAAGAACAAAUUGGCUGUCCCAGAGGAGACAAGGUUCAUUUCCCUUCCUAACGGGGUGCUCCAGAUUCUUGAGGUGACCAAGGAGGAUGAGGGUGCCUACCGCUGUGUCGUGUCCAACUCUGCCAGGAAGGACAUCAGUCGCGAAGCCAGGCUCACUGUCACCACAGGCUCUACUGAAGCCCUGAACAGAGUUGUGAUUGUUGCACCACCUCAGAAUGCCACGGUGGUGCUUGGCCGUCCAGCUGUGAUGGAGUGUAUGGCUCAAGGACAGCCAAAACCGCUGGUGUCCUGGAGCAGACAAGAUGGAAAGUCCAUUUCCACUGAUGUGGUCGUCCUCGCAACAAACCUGGUGAUUAGGGACACAAGGCGUCACCAUGCCGGCGUCUAUGUCUGCCGAGCCAACAAGCCCAAGACCAGAGAGUUUGUCAUUGCUGCUGCUGAGCUGCAUGUGCCUGCCCCUCCAGUGAUUCUCCAGCCCCCAGAGACGGUGUCCCUCUCAAGGGGGAACACAGCCAGGUUUGUGUGCAACAGCUCUGGGGAGCCUCCUCCAGUGUUGCACUGGCUAAAGAACGGCCAACCCAUCAAGUCGUUCAGACGAGUGAAGACCCAAAGCCCCGGAGUCCUACUCAUCAACCAGCUGGCACUGGAGGAUGCGGGCUACUACCAGUGCAUUGCAGACAACGGGCUGGGCACGGCAUGUGCCACUGCCAAGCUGACAGUCAUUGUGAGGGAGGGAUUGCCCAGCCCUCCUCGACACCUGUCUGCUACACCCUACUCCAGCACAACUGCCCUGCUCACCUGGGAGAAACCUGAGAACAACUCAGACCAAAUCAUCGGCUACUCUGUGCACUGCCAGCUCGCUACAGGCUCAGAUAAUGUGGAAUACCAGUUUGCGAUGAACAACGACACCACUGAGUAUCACGUCAAGGAGCUUCUCCCCCACACUGCCUACACAUUCUUUGUGGUGGCUUAUUCUCCCAUGGGUGCCAGUCAGCCGUCCCUGUCUGUUAGUGUAGAGAUGCUGGAGGAUGUGCCAAGUGCACCUCCUCAGUUGUCUAUAGCCAGCACCUCCCCCACAGACAUCAGACUGAUGUGGCACCCGUUGUCCUCACAACACAGUCGAGGAGCUGUCACCCGGUACCGCAUUGAGUACAGCUCUCUGGAUCAGGAAGAUACUGUGUUCUCAGUGGAAGUCGGGGGUAAUGAGACUCAAUUUACACUGAGAGAGCUGCAGCCUAACCAGAUUUACCGAAUGAGGAUAGCAGCUGGAACAGGCGCUGGCUUUGGCGUCCCUUCUGAGUGGGCCCAGCACCAAACAUUGGCCCACUACAACCACAGCAACCACAGCAUGGUGAUCUUUGCCCCGACUGAGCUGAAAGUCAGAGCCAGAGCGAACACACUCAAUGUGACAUGGCAUCCGUCACCCAAUCACACAUUGAUCUCUGGUUACAAGCUGUCCUGUCGAGAGGUGGAGGCUGAGGACUCAGCCAAUGGAGAAAGGACUACACAAACCCACACCAUCAGGCUCCGUAAGAAGCCUAGGUAUCAUCUGCUCACUGGGCUGGUCCCUGACCGACAGUAUGAGGUGAGGAUUUGGGCAUUCAACAAGCAGAUAGAUGGAGCAGCUGCAGUCUGGAAGGGAAGAACAGACAAGGCCCAUGACCGAACGCCGUCGCCGCCUACGCACCAGCUUCUAUUGCCCCCAAGCAGCAUCCAGGCCACAGCCAACAGCUCAACCUCCAUCUGGCUGCGCUGGGAGAAACCACGGUUCAGUAACAUACAAAUCAUCAACUACACAGUUCGCUGCAGUCCAGUGGGAACCACCAACGCCUCCCUGGUCUCCUAUCACACCAGCUCUGCACAGGAGAUACUGCUCGAGGCGCUGAAGCCCUUCACCCGUUAUGAGCUAGCAGUACAGUCUAAUGGAGUGGAUGUGGCAGGACCCUUCAGCGCCACUGUGGAGGAGUCCACUUUGUCCGACCGGCCCUCCACACCUCCAGAGGAGCUGCAGCUGAGUGCUCUGGACUCCUUUUCUGUGCUGGUGAGCUGGCGCCCUCCACUGGAGCCUAAUGGUAUCAUCAUCAGCUACAUGAUCCUGUACAGUGGCAACCUCAGCCUACCUGAGCACUCGUGGAAAAAUCUCACUCAGGAUGGAAGCAUUACCAGCUUGGAGGUCCAGGGUUUGUCCACUGGAACACGUUACUUUUUUAAGGUGGGAGCGUCUACUGAGGUGGGGCCAGGGCCCUAUUCACCUGUCAAAGAAGUUCACACUUCCCUUCAGAAAUAUGAUUUGGACAUUCAUGCAGUGACAGGCAUCAUAGUCGGUGUAUGUCUGGGACUGAUAUGCAUCCUCCUCUGCAUGUGUUUCAGCUUUCGUAACGGCAAAUCCAGGGAGAUAUCUGGGGGCCUCGAUUCCACAGCUGUGACCCCUCAGUACAGGAGAGGAGGCUGCCCCAUACCCUCUAACGUGCCAGAGUGCAGUGAUAGCCACGAGCUGGAGACACUGAUGCCCCCAGGCAGCCAAGAGUCUGGUCAGCCGCUAGUAGAGGCCCCAGAGGAGCAGAGCCUGAUGGCAAGUGCUAAUCCAGGGGAAGGGGAGGAUGCCCCUGCACCUGAACCCAAGGCUGCUUGGAACGGCUCUGUGAGUCAUAAUUGGGCCAACAGAAUCACUAGAUACAGAGACACCAUAACAGAAGACUCUCCAACGCUAAUUAAUGGAGCUCUCAACAUGCUGAUUACUGAUAACGGCACGAGCUUAGAAGAUCAUCUUUGUACAUCCUUGUGCAGUAACCAGGUCGAGGCAGAAGUCAUUGUUCACUCAGAGCUGUCAGAUCCCGGGAAGAAGAAAGAGGAGGACGGCAGCGAGAGGGAGAAGGAUUCUAAUACUGCCAAGGGCCCCUCAUUAUCAGAGGACAGAUAUUCCCCUUUGAGCAAGCCAACCCUGCCAGGAGAGGAGGAACCUCUAGAAAAACUAUCUCUGGCCCAAAGCCCCUCAAGUUUUCCCUCGAUUAAGUUGGUGGGUAACCACAACGGGGAGCUAGAAGGCAUGGGAGACCAGCUGAUCGCAGACAUAGAGCCACAGCAGGACAUGGGGUUAACCAAUGGCUUCCACUCCCCUAAGACUGUGAGGUCUGUGCUGAGGUCUGAGCAUCUGGAGAACGGGGACUCCAGACACUGCCCUUCUGCACCAGGGAAGGCCAUCUCUGUUGGGCUGUCCCCUGCCCCCUUUGUCAGCUCCGGCCUUGUCCACUCUACCUCAGCAGCUCACAGUUAUCUGUGCCCAUAGUAUCCGCAUGUAGGGCACUGACCCUUACACAAACACAGACAUGAGACUGAUUUUCUUUCAGAAGUACAAAAGUACCCAGGAAGAAUCCCUAAGGAUUAUUUUUAUGCACCUCAUUGUUGGAUUUCUUUCUCUUCCUUGCAAAGUUUUUAUAAGUACUUUGAAUCCAUUGUUUCAUAUGUGUGUACAGUAUACAUAUACAUUAUAUUUUUAGUGGUAGAGUACUGUAUAUAGGUAUACUUCCUCUGGCAUUUCAACCAUACUUUCCUCUGGGUUUCUUUCCUGUCCUUAGGAAAGAAAAGAAAGAUUUAACUUAACCAAGCAGAUGGAAGUGGAUUGAAGGAGGCUAUUCCCACUGUGUCACACAUGGCUCUGUUCCACUCUGGAAUGAGAAAAAGCCUGGAACGUUCUCUGAGUGAGUGAGCACUUGGACAGGCUAUAAUCAUGGAUGGAGGGAUCCGAAAGCGGAGGCUCAGUGGGUCUCCCUGGGCUUCGUCGCGUGGAUGCUACUUUACCGUGGCACUGAGGAAUAAGCCUUAAAGAGUAUCUGCACACUCUGAGAGUGCAGAACACCUGUGUCUCUCUCCAGCCUCCUGCUGUCUCAGGGUCCACACACACACACACACACACACACAGAAAAACACACACACUGAAACACACACACACACGCUAAAAGCAUAGUUGCUUUCAUUGUAUCUCACAGAAACUCAAUUGGCCAUGUAUAAACACACAUUAACACACAUUUCCUGACUGGAGUGUGGGGGUCUCAGGUGCCUAAAUAUUCUAGGUGCAUUUAUAACCUCUGUAUAUUUCUAUAGAUUAUUAUAUUCAGAACAAGUUCAAAACACGACAACAUAACGGGAAAAAAAUACUAAAAAUACAAAAAGAUACUGAGUGUACAGAUUUGGUACACAUAAAGUAUCUUUUCCAAAAUGACAUAUUUCCAGGUGGUGUGAUUUUGUAAACCAGGGACACUCAGUUGACGUUUUUUUUUUUCAGUUUUGAAGAUGGUGGAUAUCUCAUUUUGGAAUCGAAGUAUUUACAUGUUCAUGGUGACACUGGUCUAUUGAUGUUGGUGGGAGAACUAGAGGAGAUGUUAGAGCAACCCAUCUGUAGACCACUCUUCUGGUUUGGCUCCCAGUUAGGGAUGCACCAAUGUCCAAACUGUUGAUAAGAUACUGUCCUGUUAGUUGGAGCCAAUUGUCAUUUUCAGCUCAGUAUAAAAAUUCUAUAUGUGAAAUGCUUGCCAUGGUUUUAAUUCAAAGGAAACUCAACUUGACUCUACAAGCCUGAUUUAGCUGGAUGGGAAAAUGUCCACAAUGCUCUACUGUCUGACCAGAUACAAAAGGACUUUAAUGAGGAAAAAUAAAUUUGCUCCAUUUUUUUUUAACUUUGACCCAAAACUGUUCAAUGUAUUCCUUAAGUAGUGGAUCAGAUUUCUUUUCCUAAUUAACCAAUAUAUGAAGCUGAGGGAGUCAGUAUGGUUUUUAGUGUAAAAACGGGAACUGGUGCAUCCCUACUCCUUAUCAACAGCACUACCUCAUUUCUUUUCAGGACAGUUUCCAGUGUGGUUUUAUUAGUGUUAUGUAACUAGCACCUUUUAAAGAUCUUUUUCUUAACUUGUCUGAUUUGAAAGCCUUUGGUAUUUGAAAGAAAUAAUCGUCCUACACUGAGUGUAUGUUCUUGUGUUACGUUCAACAGGAAUUUAUGUCGCUUUGGUGCAUUGCAGCCUCCUGUCAGAUCUGAAAGAUUGUUUCACUCAGUAUUAUGUCACUGUUGAACCCCUACAGAAAACAAGAACACACAGCAUCUUUAAUACAAAUCAAGUGAAACAACGUGUAGCCAGUUUCAUCCAGUUGCAGUUCCAGUAAAAACUGAUGCCAACUAUAGAGAAGGAAAUAAAUAGCUGCUGCAAUUUAACAACUGUGCCACUUGUGCACCUAAUGGAUGAUUUACGGGAUACAUAUGAUAUAUAUGGUGUGGGUGUUUAAGGGUUUUGAGAAUUUGUUGAUAAGUUUGACCACCUGCAUCCUCUUAUGUCAAGGACGCACUGAUACAGGGUCCUUGUUCAAAUUUCAUAGGAAAGGGUUUGCUCUACAGCCUGGACGGGAGAGUAGUGUUAAAAGCUGAACUGUAAUCAACAAAAAGGAUCCUUGCAUAGGUGCCAUAGGCCUCUAGGUGUUGAAAAAUACAGUGUGGGCAUCAUCAACAGACAUGUUUGCUCUAUAUGAAAACUGAUAAGGCUUUUGGACAACACUGGAGAUUCAAAGAUUUUUAUGAUAACAGAUGUCAAAGCAACAGGUCUGUUGAGUUUCAGACAGCUUGGGUUGGGUUUUUUAGGCACAGGCACAGGUGAAUUAAAACAUGCUGGGACUCUCUGCUGUGCAAGAAGCCAGUUAAAAAUCUCAGUUAAAAUAGGAGCAGGUUCAUAUGCACAAUAUUUCAGAGUAGCAGAUGAUACCAGAUCAGGCCGUGCAACCUUCCCACUGUUUUGCCUGUCCUGCAGGUUUCUUACUUCAUGCUUCCUGAUUAAAAUCGGUGGAGCAGCAGGCUAAGAUACAUUAACAGAACAAGGCUGUGGGUCUGCUCCCAAUAUCAAACCUGCAAUAGAAGUUAUUCAACUCAUCGGGCAGGUUAGGUUCGGUAUCUUGGGUGACAUGAUUUGUUUUAUAAUUAGUUAUAAAUUAAAAGCCCUGCAAUAGCCCACUGCUGUCGUUAAAAUUAAGCUGGUUCCCUAGCUCUCUUCUCUCUCUCUUUAUAUUGUUUUAGCUUUAUCGCCUUUUCAAAUUCAUACUUAGAUGUCUUAUGGAGAUUUCUAAUUUGACUAAUCUGAAAGCUGCAUUUCUCUUCCCCCACAAUGUUUCAACAUCUCUACUAAAUCCUUGGCUUAUUAUUAAUGUAAACCAUUACAGACUUGGAUGGAACACUUACAUCUUCAACAAACUUGUUGUAAGAUGUGACCACAUCAGUGAAAGUGUCCCCAUCGUCAUUUGGCUCUUUCAAUACUGUCCAGUCAGUUGUAGCAAGACAUAUCCAUCACUUGGGGGGACCAUUGUCUGACAGUCUUUGUGCAGCAUUUGAUGGCUUUCAGUCUUUGAUGAUACUUGGGAAUGAGAAAAAGAUUGUUCCCGUGAAAUAACACAGAGUCUGGAUGGGAGUUUUCAGUCCCUCAUACGCUUUCCAUGAUGAAACACAAAGCAACAAACAAAUACACAGCGUGAGCAGCUUUAUGUUUCCAUAGAACGGCGCCAUCAUCAGAAAAUCAGUUCUCCAGUUUGCCCUGCGAGUAGUCACUAAGUUGCCACCUAUUUCAAAUGUCACUUUUUGGUGUAGCCACAGCUCAACAUUCAUUGCUUGCAGGUGGCACAAGUGGUUAAAAUUACAGCAGCUUUAACAUCAUAUGCCUGUAGGAGGUGAAAAUUGACACGUUUUUGCUCAUAAGAAUGAGUCUAGGAGUUAGUUUCAAGCUGGUUCCCAUAGGUAACUUCACAUCAGGAAGACUAUUUUAAGGAUGCUAACACUGUAAAUGAACUAAUUUCACUUGGUGGUGGAAAGAAAGAGCAAGUGUUGACUCUGUUUGAGUGUGUAAUGUAAUCUGUAGAUAAUAUUAUGGUCUACAAUGGAGUGAUUCGGAAACAAUGGCAUAUUUGCCAUGGUUGGGGUCAGUUAAUAAUAAUAAUAAU